UUCGGUGCUCGCGGUAUGUCAACAUUCUGGGAACGAAAUGUUGCCAGUUCGCUCCUAAAUCCCCGAACUUUCUUUCUCUCUCUCUCGCAAAAGCUCCUUGCUCUCGAACACCCGUCCCCAUCGUCAAUCCACACUCAGAGAAGCCCCACUCUAGGCCUCGGAAGCCUCGGAAGCCCAGAGAGAGGCGAAAUAAAGGCCGAAUUCCCUGGUGUGGUGACUAGGUCGGGAGGGUUCCCCGCUCGGCCCAAGCAAAGCGGCUCAGUGUGUGUCCUCCCUUUACUCUCACUGGCCGUGUGUUUCCCAUGUUGUGACUCUAAAACACUGGAUUAUCCUCACCUGCGCUCUCCACGUCCGUCUGCGAUUGAAAGCGGUGGUGUUGGGGGCAUGUCCAGACACCGAUGCGCCUCUGCUUCUGCCGGAAGUGCCUGUGCAAGAUGUGCUCUACCUUGUGUCUUUCAUUUACCGCGGACAGGUCGAUGUCCACCAGCAACACAUUGCCUCGUUCCUCAACACAGCAAAGCAGUUGCAUGUUUUAGGGCUCGAGGAAGGAGACAGACUUGUGGAUUCUCCGAGUAAAUCCGAGGGCAGUUCAAGCACGUCGGGAAGCGAGGCGGGAGACGAGCCCAACACCACGUCCUUCAUCAACGGAAAUAAUAAUAACGAAAAUGAGGAUGAAGAAGCAGAGGCCGAGGAUGAGGAAGAGGAAGACGAUGAGGAGAUGGGCGAGACCAUUGAUGUCAUAAAGCACGAGCUGAGCGUCAAGGAAGAGCCCUGUGAAAAUAGUGACGUGACGGCCGACGUAACUCCCGAUGGAAGAAUUGACCUGAAUUUCUACCUUCAGCAAGCCAUUCAGAGUGCGUCCAUGCCCUGCCCUCUUUGUAAAAAGGAAUUCAAGAGCCAGUCCGGCCUCAGAGACCACAUCCGGUUACACACGGGAGAAAGGCCUUUUGAGUGCGAAUUCUGCCAGAUGAACUUUGCCCGUGCCUCCCACCUCAAGCGACACAGACGCAUGCACACGGGGGAGAAGCCCUUCAUGUGCCGGAUCUGUGGAAAGGACUUCUCUCGAGGGGACAAGCUCAAGGACCACUUGCGACGGCACGAGGCAGAGGACAAGCUCAACAAAAUCAGAAAGCAGAUCUACCACCCUGAGGAUGGCACUGCUGAAGCUGAGACAGAAGGCAGCGUGGCGACAGUUAAUGCCUCCCCACAGGUUCUGACCCCAAAGUCAAACAACACACCCCCAGACUCCGCGCCAAUGCCUCCUGCCAAGAGGCCACGCGGUCGGCCUCCCAAAAAUUCUCAAGCACAUGCUCAGUACCAGCAGGCUAUGAGUCAGGUCCCCUCCAUGCUUGUGCCCCAGAGCGAAAGCUACAUGCCACACAUGCUUGGCGUCACAAGCAUUGGGGAGUGUAUACUUCGACCCAUAAACUGAUGGCCAUAUUACAGUAAGUGUCAAAGGUCAUAGGAAUGGAGGAAAGGUCUCAUGAGACUGCAAAAACAGAGAUGAAAUGAUACAGAAAAAGAACAGCAUACAUACAGCUUCGCUUCUAUACAGCUAGACUGGGUUGUGGAGAGACUUUUGCAAGGGAAGAGUUCAAUAAUUACAAUUAUGGUCUGAAAUUUUUUGGUUAAUGGGAAAACUUACUUAAGGCAGAUACUCAAAAAAUAUAUAUAUUUUUGUGUUUUAUUGAAAUGUUUGUUAUUACUUUUUUUUUACAUAUAUAUUUUUUUAAGAACAUGUUCUUUCUUUUUGUUAAUUAUGGAAGCUGCAGUUGUUUAUCAUUCUCAGAAUGAAGGUAAAGGAGAGAUUAUAUUGUUAGAUGGCACAGAUUAGCAUUGGUUAUUUUAGUAUUAUUAUACACGUAAAACUAUUUGGCUUUUGUAAGAUUCUCCUUUCACUUACUUAGUGCUGUAUUAUAGGAUUUAUUUUAUUUAACUUACAAAUGUUACCAAGCGAUGUAGAUAGGUUGCAAGACUGCUAGCUCACAAUGUAUUUUAUACCAUAAUGUCAUAAAUACUUCAGCUUUUCACGUCUCUUUGGAUUGGAAGGAGAAAUCAGUGCCACAACACGGCUCAGUUCUCUCAUGGUCCGAAUUACGUUCCAGUCUUUAUUCCCAAAGAAAAGAGAGUUUAGACGAACUGAGAUGCAUUGUAGGAUUAUGUGCUGAUCGUUUCCUUAACAUCUGUUCUAAUCUGUGUCAUAUCUUUUUGUAUUAUUAUUAUUGUGAACACUGUAACCCAGUCAAUCUCUCUGCUCUUCCACGUCUUAUAUCCAGAGACUUGUCUUUCACAGCUCUUACCGUUUGACCCCGGGGAAUGUGACAUGUUGUUUGCGGAAGGAUUAUCACAUGCACCUUUUGUGUUGUGACUAACACAGAUAUUACUUU